UACUUGCUCCCAAAUCUGUUUUCGAUUCACAUUCUGGUUCAAAGUAUAUUAAAAACAUAAAAUAUGAAGUUUUGUCUUCAUGCGAACGGGCUCAUUGCGAGCAGGUUUUUGCGAAAGUUUUCAAAGUUAAAAGACGGGCUUGGUGUGAGAUAUUCUUCGCAAUAUUACAAAGUAGAUGAUAAUAUAUUUGGUCUUAAUGAACAACAAAGAGAGCUUCGGGAAUUAGUAUUUAAUUUCGUGCAAAAAGAACUUGCACCGAAAGCUGCCGAGAUCGACAGAAAGAAUCAUUUCGAUGAGUUCCGAGAUUUUUGGAAGAAGCUUGGCAAUCUCGGUUUACUAGGUAUAACAGUAAAGCCCGAGUACGGUGGCACGGGUGGCUCUUACAUGGACAAUAUUAUUGCUAUGGAAGAACUGAGCCGAGCAUCGGCUGCUAUAGCGCUUAGCUACGGGGCUCAUUCGAAUUUGUGCAUUAAUCAGAUCCACAGAAAUGGGACGGAAGAGCAGAAGCAAAAAUAUUUGCCGAAACUGUGUACCGGGGAGCACGUUGGGGCUCUCGCGAUGUCGGAAACGACUUCUGGAUCCGACGUGGUUUCAAUGAAAUUGCGCGCUGAAAAGAAGGGUGACUAUUACGUUUUAAAUGGUCACAAAUUUUGGAUCACCAAUGGGCCUGACGCGGAUACUCUGGUUGUUUAUGCAAAAACGAAUCCGAACGCGAUUAAACCGCAACACGGUAUCACAGCAUUUAUCGUUGAACGAGGUUUCGAAGGUUUUAGCUCAGGAAAAAAGUUGGAUAAAGUCGGUAUGCGAGGUUCUAACACGGGCGAACUUGUCUUCCAAGAUUGUAAAGUUCCUGCUGAGAAUAUACUCGGACAAGAAAACAAAGGCAUCUAUGUGCUAUUCAGCGGUUUAGAUUUGGAGAGAUUGAUCUUAGCAGCAGGUCCUGUAGGAAUUCUUCAAGCCUGCUGCGACGUGGCCUUCGAGUACGCGCACACGAGAAAACAGUUUGGGAAGCCGAUCGCAGAAUUUCAGAUGAUACAAGAAAAAAUAGCGUACAUGUACACGAGUCUGAGCGCAUGCCGAAGUUAUUUGUACUCUGUAGCUAGAUCUUGCGACGCAGGAAAUACAAACAGAAAAGAUUGCGCGGCCGUAAUACUAUAUACCUCUGAAUGCGCUACGAACGCUGCGUUGAACGCGAUUCAAAUACUAGGCGGGAAUGGCUAUAUAAAUGAUUACCCUACCGGACGGUAUUUACGAGACGCGAAAUUGUACGAGAUCGGUGCUGGUACCAGCGAAAUUCGCCGGAUGGUAAUCAGUAGAGCGAUUAGUGAAGAAUAUAUGUAAAGGAAUCUUCUUUCUACCAAUUUCUGAUACCAAUUUAUUCUUGUAAUUUUUGUAAAAGACUAGAAGAUAAAGAAAAUGUUUUUUACAACGUCGCGAUAAAUCAUCGAGCGUCUAUGAAUUAUUUUUAAUCCUCUUUGUUAGUCAGUUCCGCUUUUAGCGAUUAGAGGUACUAUGGAGUUAUCGCGCGGGCAAUUAAUAGGUCAUCGGUUUUGCCAAUCUGCAUAUGAUUCCGAUAGAUAUCUGUAUAUACUUUCCUAAUAUCGCGUAAGUCGAGAUAAAUGAGUCACUAGAACGGCUCAGCCUUAAAACUAUGAUUGACUAACCUUUCGCGCUAUAGGUUGCUAAUUUAAGUUAAACUUACGUACCACUCUCUCUUUCUCGGUUUAGUCCACGCACCCCCUUUUACUUCUUUCUCUUUCUCUCUUGAUUUAGUCUCAUUAAUCACGGUGCGGCCGAACUAAUUAGAUCGGAACCACAUAGGGGCGAGUAGGUUUCGGUUACUCGGCGGUCUCGUUAUUCGGUGAUAGAGAUAGGGAAGUGUGGCCGUGGGUCUCGUGACAGGCGAAGAUGUCCCUUAAGUUUACCAUAGGAAAUUAUUACGAGACCUAUGUGAGUAACAGCCCGAACCUCUCUCUCUUUCUAUUUAAUAAUUCUCCCAUUCGUUAUUUAAUUUCGGUGAUAUACAAUUUCCGACGAACCGUGUUCCCUGCAUCGCAUUCAUUGAAGUUACACACAGUGCAACCCAGAGACGUUACAUAUUGUAUCAUCUCCUUCGUCAAUAACUCGAGGAAAAGAACCCAUUGUAAUUCACGAAUGUGUUAAUAAAUCGUUUACGUGCAACAUUUAA